UCUUUGCAGUGGCAUUAGACCACAAAAGAAUACCAUAGGCUUCUAAGCAUACAGAAAAGAAAAUGGGACCUGGUGUUGGAGCCUUCCCUGAUGGAGAACGGGAUUGCUUUGGCAAAAUGUUGGCCAAUGAAGCCCAUUAUUGCUCACCACAAUUACUUGAGGAAGAUGAUGGGAAUGUUGGAAUGCAAUCCAUGUUUUGCUCCACUCUUGAUGUUGGGGGAAAUAAGAAUAUGUUUUACUCUUUUGACUCUCACAACUCUAGUUUGCAGUAUAUUUCUCAAGAAAGCAGUCACAAUAAUAGCACUUGUUGUGGCCAUAGUGUCUUCAUGGCCAAUCCGGAGGAUCAUACAAACUACCAUUUUGGUCAUGUUGAUCAUGUGCUAGCAAAUAGUACAUCCAUGGAUUUUUGCAUGAUAGAUGAGAAAAACCCUGGCUCUUUUGUCCAAUCUGACAUUGUCAUGAAAGAGAAUGCCAGUUUGAAUGAAGAUGAGGGAAGUGACAAAUCAGAGAAUGUUUUUCCUGCCAAACAUUUGAAGUUCAAAAGGAUGUCUGAUCAUAUGCCCGAACUCAAAGUGCAUGUAGAAGAUAAAAUAAACUCACAUGGGAAUGGUAACAAAAAACCUCGUGUUUCAAAAGAUGAGCAGCAUUGCAUGAAGAACCAGAAACUUGACAAAAUUGGGAACCAGGCAGAAGAGAUUAAUGCAGGUUCAGAUGGACACAGUUCUAGUAGUUACACUCGAGAGGAUGAUAAUGCUUCUGCUCUCAACUUCAAAGGGAAAACAAAAGCUAGUAAGGGAGCAACAGAUCCUCAGAGCCUUUAUGCAAGGAAAAGAAGAGAAAGAAUAGAUGACAGGCUAAGAAUUCUGCAAAAUCUUGUCCCCAACGGAACAAAGGUUGAUAUAAGCACUAUGCUUGAAGAGGCAGUCCAAUACGUGAAAUUUUUGCAGCUCCAGAACAAGCUUUUAAGCUCUGAUGAUUUGUGGAUGUACGCUCCGAUAGCUUAUAAUGGACUUGACCUCGUACUCAAUCUCAAUCCUAAGAGUUCUCCACCUUUGUGACCUUAUAAACAUCGCAAGAGAUGUCGAAGUUCCACUUAAUUGGGGAAUUAAAGGGAAGCUUGAAGGCAUGUAAUGGAAUGAAUGGUUGAGCAAGAAAUAUAUGCAUAUAAUACAAGAUUACAAGUAACUGAAAGUUCAUACAAUGCUAUGCAUGUUUAAUUUGUAGUUAAAAUUACUGCAAGGCAUGUUUCAAUAUAAAUCUGACGCCUAAAAAUAAAAUGAAAGCAAAAUCAAAUUUUUGCGACUUUGCUGUAACUUGUCUUUGGCAUAACAACACUCAA